AUGUCUCAGACCCAGGGCUGGCUCAGCACAACUGGAGCCUUGGAGAUGCAGCUGAAAACCGCAGAGCAGAUCAAAUGGAGACAGCGCAAGAGAGAAAGAAACGAACCAGCCUCCAGCCCCGUCGACCCAGGCCUGUCCCCAGCGGGAGGGACACUCGGGACUCGGGAGUCACCCCCGGCCCUGGGGGAGGCUCUGGGCUGUCCCCUCCCGCACUGCCCAUGGUGCUUUCCCCUCCCCAGGCGCUAUGUGGUGGUGAGCCCAGCCGUGCUCUACCACCCGCACACGGGGACGGUGUCAGUUCAUCUCAGCGACCUCAACGAGACCGUCCGGGUGAGCGUCCGGCUGGAGAGGGGGGAUGGGCCCAGCGCUAUCCCCCUGCUGGAGAGAGAGGUCCAGGAGCCCCGUCUGCACGAGAACGUGCGCUUCCAGGUGCCAGCCCCAUCCGGGGGGCGGCAGGACGCGGCGGAGCUGCACGUCUCGAUCCGGGGAGACGCCCUGCACUUCUCUGAGCGGAAGAAAGUGCUGCUGCAGGCACUGGAGCCCGGGGCCUUGGUGCAGACGGACAAGGCCGUCUACAAGCCGGGACAGACAGUGAAGUUUCGAAUCGUCAGUUUGGACAAAGACUUCAUUCCCAGUCCCAGGAAGCUGCCCCUGGUGACUCUGCAGGAUCCCAGCGGGAACCGCAUCGCCCAGUGGCGAGAUGUGACUCCGCAGCAGGGCAUCGUGGAUCUGUCCCUCCCGCUGUCUGCAGAGCCGGCCCUGGGGACCUACGCCAUCCAGGCGCAGGGGACGAGGCACUCGUUCAGCGUGGAGGAAUACGGUGGGCAGCGGGGCCCAGGACAGCGACCGAGGCCGCGGGUCCAGCACAUGGGGAGGGAGGGGGAUUCCUGAGUCUCCUUGUGGCGAGAUGUCCGUGGGUCCAACAUCAUGAGUCAAAACCAUGACCGUUUCAUGUUUUUGGUCUGCUUUGGAUUUCUCCAGCCACCCCACCCCCUGCCACCUCCCAGUGUCCAUGGGAGGUGUAUGGGGGCAGUUACCAUGUCACCCAAAUUAUCGCGGAAGCUGACCCUGGCCCCUGCUGAUGGAGCUCGCUGGCUGC